AUGGCUAAUAGCAAAUUUUCUUAUGUAAAGUUAUAUGAAGAAGAGAAAAAAAUUUUAUUUAAUUGUUACUUUGUAUUAAGAAUAGAUGGAUGUGACUUUAAAAAAUUUAUAAAAGUUCAUGAAUAUAGCAAGCCUAAUGAUAUAGGAGGAUUAAAUUUAAUGAAUGAAUGUGCUAUUGAAGUAUUAAAAAAAUUUCAUGAAAUAGACUUAUGUUAUGGACAUUCAGAUGAGUAUAGUUUCUUGUUUAGAAAAAGUACAAAAAUAUGGAAUAGAAGAUACGAUAAAAUACUUAGUAGUGUUGUUUCAUAUUUUACUUCUUCUUUUGUAUAUAAAUGGAAAAUAUUUUUUAAAAAAGAUUUAGUUUAUCCUCCAUCUUUUGAUGCACGAAUUAUUAUUUACCCAUCUGAAAAAGAAAUAAAGGAUUAUUUUUCCUGGAGACAAGUAGAUUGUCAUAUUAAUACUCAAUAUAAUGAAUGCUUUUGGAAUUUAAUUUUAAAAGAUAAUUAUACGAAUGAAGAAGCUCAUAAAUUUUUAUUAACAACUCAAACAAAGGAUAAAAACGAAUUAUUGUUCAGUCGUUAUAAUAUUAAUUAUAAUAAUAUUCCUGAAAUGUUUCGAAGAGGAACGAUUAUAAUUAGAAAUAAGAAUUAUCAAAAAAAUUGUUCGAAUAUAAAAUUUAGAGAAGGAUUUGAUAGUAUUAUUAAAUUAGACAACUAUCAAAAUAUAAAUGAUGAUUAUAAUAUAAAUACUAACAAACAUGUGAAAGAUAAUUUUAACUUAGAUACUAAUGAAAAUAUUGCUGAUAAUUCUGAUAUUAAAUGUAAUCAAGAAUUUAAUGAUAUUUCAAGUAAAUACAUUAUUUCUCAUGAAAAUUUAAUCAGUGAAAAAUUUUGGAAUAAGUAUGAUUAUAUUUUUAAAAAAAGGGAAAAAAAAGAAGAAUAA